AUGUCCACCCAACAUAGUUUAUUAGUAUUAGUAUUUCGUAUAAGGAGAUUGAUUGUCGAGAAGAAGUUAAAGGGCAGGGAAACGAUCAUGUGGGGAAGACUUAAAGGGGAUAAGGCCGCAACCUCGUCAAGCAAGAUCAAGACGUCAGGUUACCCAAGUAUUUCAGAUGAUGCAAAUCAAAUGUGGGUGACUAUGGCGGAAACCAUUCGUAAGGUGGCAAAGGAAACAUUAGGGGAGUUGACAGGGAAACCAAGGGUGUACAAAGAGUUGUGGUGGUGGAACAAAGAGGUGCAAAAGAAGUUAAACGACAAAAACAGGAGAUUCAAGGAGCUUAUGGCUUGUACGGAGGAGAAAGAUCGGAUACAAAAGAAAGAGAGGUAUAAAGAAGCAAAACAGGAGGCAAAGAAAGCAGUAGUAGAGGCAAAGAGUCGAGCGUUUAAAGCCUUUUAUCAAAAGCUUGAUACCAAAGAGGGGGAGAAAUAUAUUUUUAAGUUGGCUAAAGCCAGAUCUAGGCAGAGGAAAGAUCUAGGAACAAUGAGGGGUCUAACUAAGGAAAUUCGACAAACUUCGGCCAUCCAAAGAACACAGGUUCAUGGGUCGUUUAGUGGUAUAACCACGGUGGAAGUAAGAGAAGCUAUCAAAAAGAUGGAGGGAUUUAAGGUAGUUGGACCUGAUAACAUUCCGAUUGAGGUGUGGAGGGGUUUAGGAGAAGAGGGCAUUCAUUGGCUUACUAAACUCUUUCAUGCCAUCUUGAGAUCUAGUAAGAUGCUGGAAGAAUGGAGGGUUAGCACAAUUAUCCCACUGUUUAAGAACAAGGGCAAUGCAUAA